GGUGCCCAAUGGUGGGGACCAGAAACCUCGUUUUCAUCCCUUUGUGCUGUCGUCUGCAGGCACCCCUCAUACUUUUCCUGCAGAAACCUCGAGGCCGGGCAUUUGCAGGUGGAAGGACUGGCAGGGGACGCACAAGUACAGGUCCCUGCUUUUCUCACUGCUGCCCCAGAAGGAGCCUCUGAAAGCGGGGUGUGUGUGUGGGGGGGGGGAGUGGAAGGUUUGACCCCUGCCGUGGCUGAGGGGGAGGCGGCAGAGUUCCCCUGCGAAACCCAGCUAGGAUCCCCCACCCCCACGUCUGUCGCAUGCCCCUGCUCUAUCCUGCUGUGUAUGCGAACCUCUUUUAGUUGAAUCCGUCUAACUGUAGCCCAUCAUUUUCCUUUAGGGUGGGGUCAGCAGACUGCGGCUCCGAAUCCUCCUGCCUCCUGUUUUUGUAAAUAAAGUUUUAUGAGAACACGAGUCUUCUUUUGCGCGUGUUGUCUGUGGUAGCUUCUGUGCUGCAGUGACAGCCUUGGUAAGAGUGGAGUGGCUGUGGUGGGGACUGCGGCCGCAGAGCCUGACAUACUAUUUGUCCUUUCACAGAAAAAGGGUUCUGGGGACAAGGUUGGAGUCUCGUUGCCGACACAAAAAAUGAGAAUUUGAAGUAGGUGGCGCGGUGCCUUUCUUACAUUAAAGUUCUCUUCUGCCCGAGAAGAGAACAUGCCUUUGGCGUGUUGCAAAAGGGUGGAAUUACUUAUUAAUCUUCUAGCUGGCUUUUGUGGCGAUGGUUCUUCACGUCUGACUGAGAUUUAACAAGUGUACUGACUAAUGACCACGUCCUUUCCGGCCCCACUGGUUGUUUUCUCAAGCAUUUAUCCAGCCUGCUCUCAGUUUCCACUCCUGUCGGAUCAGGGUUUUUGAUAUGUUUUGUGUGGCAGUGGGGUCUUUCUGUUCCUUCUCUACAGGGACAUUCUGCCGCCUUUUCCCCCCACCCUGGUCUGGGAGUUCUGCCUGUGCCGCACUGUUCUGGCCCUGUGUCAGCGGGUCGUGGGUCGUCCGUGAUCCCUUGGCCUUGCUCUGAGAGAGCAUCUUGGAGCUGGGGCACACAGUGGGUCCUUCCUCAGUGUUGGUGCUGUCUCCGGGUGUAGUCUUGUGACCUUGGACAAGUUACUUCUCCGCCCCAACUACGCCUUUGCGUCCUCUGUAAAGCAGGUUGGUGGCAGUAGCGUCUUCCAGAAAGGGCUCUUGGGAGGAGCCCUGUGAGGGCACGAGAGUGGUGGCUGGUCAGCAGGGUGCCUGGCUCUCAGGAGUGAACGUGUAGCUGCAGUGGUCCCCUGGUGAUUUAUAGGCCAUCCCAGAUCGCCUGGCCAGGGGGGCUUCUGACUCUGGCCGGGACCCAAGCAGAGUGAAAUUAAUCCUGUUCCCGGAAAUAGCUUUUGAUAAGAUGGGAGUACAGGGAGGUUUUCCCUUUGGUGGGCAGAUAACAGACCGGCUCAGUAACCUGCUUGACAGGUGGGGCUGCUGUCUGGAGAGGCGGGGCUUGGGUAUUAAGUUGCCUUUCUUUGUUGGCGAAUCUUUCUGGUUGUUUCUAUGCCAGCAAAUCCUGGGCCUCUUGAGCUUUUUUAGAUAACUUGCCAGAAUAUGCAUGCAGACCUUUUUUUUUUUUAAAUGUUGGUUUAUUUUUGAUAGAGCAAGAUGCCCACUUACGAGCUGGGAGGGGCCGAGAGAGCAGGGGACAGAGGAUCAGAAGCUGGCCAGCCCCAGGCUGACCGCAGAGAGCCUGAUGCAGGGCUCAAAUUCACAACCCUAGAGAUCAUGACCUGAGCUGAAGUCAGACACUUAAACCGGCUGAGCCCCCCAGGUGUGCCUCUCUUCACACAUGGAUCUUAGGCCCUUUUUUUCUGUGCCUAAUGGCAAUAUUUUCAUUUAGGCCAGCCAUUUCCAAAAUGCUCCAGGACCCUGCGGCAUGCCUCCCUGGUGUCUCAGAGUGGCUGCUGUGGGAAAGAGUGGGUUACAGUGUAGGGGGUGGGGUGUAGGCCGGACCCCUCCUGGCAGGGCAUCCCUGGCUGUUGUGUAUGUAAUAUGGAGGGUCCAAGUUAGGUUUUAUUUGGGGAAAGAAAAUUAAUUCUGGUACCUACAAAAGGGAGAGAAAGCGGUGGCUACAAGCCAAGCGUGGUCAUGCCCAUCUGCAAGGACCUGGUGCGUCUCAGCCAGUUCUUGUCCCACGGAUCCGGCCGUGAGUCAGGCUUGAAUGAACAUGCUUCUGAUCCACCGAGAACGACGUUCUCUCGCCUUGACCGGCCUCAUGAUUCACAGCCAGAUAUUUGCCUGCACUUUUCUGCCAUCUGAUGAGGCCAGUCAAGCAUGUUGUGUGUGUAUGUGUGUGUGUUGGUGGGUAGCAACUCAGCAGAUACCUGUAAGCCGUUCAAACUCCUGUUAACAGUUAAUGCUCCCGGCCUGAGGUUUAUGAAAACCAAGGGGCAGGCAGAGUAGCCAGUUGGGUGUGGGGCUGGGCUGGGCCCCAAAUAUGGCAAUAAUACCCGAGUGACUAUAUUUGUGUUUUAGAUUUGUGUCCAGUGAAAUCUGGCCUAAUGAAAGGAACUUGGUAUGCUGUCAGGCUGGUGUCUGUAAUCUAAAGGCCAGACGGUAAAUAGGUUAUGCUUUGUGGGCCUCCUAGGCCUCUGCUGCAUAUUCUUCGGGCUGUCAGUAAUUCGGCGACCCCAGUUCUAAAGGGAAAACGGGGGUCGGGAGACCCUGCGUCUGUACGGUCUUCCCGUCCAGCGUUAGAAUGAGAGGUAUCCGGCCCCUCCCCCACAGGUGCUGUCUCCAUAGCAACGGUGACUCGGUGGCACUGCCCGGCAGCAUCCCAGGUUCGGUCGGAAGAUAGAAUGCAGUAGCACAUGUGUGGCAAGAGACGGCCACCUUGACCGGGAGUCAUUCCUAAAUGCUGUGGCUGUGGGUUUUUCCCACUGGCGUGUUUGAUUUUUGGAACUGGCUGCCACUUGUGAAAUCUUGCUGUGGCCCCUCCGUUCUGUGGACAGGGAGGCUGAGGGCAAGAGAGGCCGCUAACGUGGCCCGCAGGUGCAGAGCUUGGGUGAGAAAGCAGGAGGAGGGGGGCCACCAAAAAACUGCGCGCGCAGGUUGAAUGUGGGCGUUAGUUCAGCGCGUGCCUGUGCUGGCUUUUCUGAAGCCCCGUUUGCAAGGGGUCCCAGCGCAGUAGGGACUCAGCUAUUUGCUGAAUGGUUGGAUUUCUUGGGAGGGCCUCAGGCAACAGCUGCGGGCCAGCUAACGGUCGUGGACAGAAUUCUCAGUUCCCAGUUCCCGGGAGAGUGGAUCCCCUUGGCCCCGGGGUUUUUCUUUAAUUUUUCCCAGGGGUGCCAGGAGUCAGGGUGCGGUCAGGCUUCCCGUCUCCCAGUGCUUCCUGGGGGUGGGGGUGCGGACAGGUUAGUUCUCAGAAGUGUGUUGUCCCCAGGAAGGCCCGAGAGAGCCACCUGUGUUCACUCUAACCUCUGCCCGCGGGCCCAGGCGGUGCGGAAUCAAUCCAAGAAAGACCUGUUUGUAUUCACGAACUGGCAGGAGUUUGGGCUGACAGAUUUGAAGAGGACUUUUGAUCACUAUCUGUGGAAACAAGUAUUUUCCGCCAGGUCUCAUAAUUGAAAGACCUUCGAUGUGUCAAAAUCAAGCCCAUUAAGGUUUCAUGUGGGAAUUGGAUAGGCUGGUCGAUAAUUUUUUCUUCUCUUUGUCAGUUUGGUUUUUAAUUUAGUAAAGGACUCUGUAGUUACGUAAGUUUAACAGUGCUAAAUGUGUAGUCCUGCAAGGCAUGUGGCCAGGAAGGGGGCUUUAUUCACGCUGGUUUUAUUCAGCACUGUGUGUAGGUUCACGGGUCAGGUGAAAGCCGUGGUCAGGGGUGGCAGAGAGGAGCAGUUUUCAUCGCUGUGCCCAAGUGAAAAAUUCUGGAACAGGUUCCUUAUUGAUUAGCUGUGUGACUGUGGGUGGUCCCGUCGUCUCUGCGGGCUGGACAUGGGGAGGGGAGGGCCCAGCCUGCUGUCUGCUGCAUCCCACGCCCAGCUCAGUGCUAGGCACAGGGCAGUGCCUAGUAAAAGCCUGUUAAUGAGUGCAUUCUCUGUUGUAACCGGUUACUGUAAAUCCAGUGACUUAGAACAACACAGACCUAUCCUCUUACAGUUCUGGAGGUCAGAAGUCUCAGGUGAAUCUUACUGGGCUGCAUACAGUCAAGGCGUGGGCUGGGCUGGUUCCCUCCGGAGGCUCCACGGGAGAAUCGUUUUCUUGCUUUCUCCAGCUCCCAGGGGCUCCUGCACCUCUCUGCAGUGGCCCCGCUGAUCCUCGAAGAGCACGCCCCAGCCUUAGCUCCGGAUGGCACGCCUUUCUGACUCUGGCCCUCCCGUCCCUGUCCUAGGGACCUUGUGAUCACAGUGGCCCUGUCCGCAUAAUCCAGGAUAAUAUCCCCAUCUUGAGAUCCUUACGUGAAUCAUAUCUGCAGAAUCCCUUUCUCGCUGCUAAGGCAGAUCGGGAGCGGUGCCGAGAAAAAUUUCCUUACUAGAUGACAUUUCAUCGCAAUGUCCGAUCGUUUGGGGCAAAUAACCAAGGGCAAGGAUGGGAAAAGCAAGUAUUCGACUCUCAGCCUGUUUGAUAAGUAUAAAGGAAAAUCAGUAGACGCGGUCAGAUCCUCAGUUAUUCCUCGACAUGGCUUACAGAGUCUCGGGAAAGUUGCCACAGCCCGGCGUAUGCCGCCCCCUGCAAACCUGCCAAGCUUGAAGUCUGAAAACAGAGGAAACGACCCCAACAUCGUUAUCGUUCCCAAGGACGGAACGGGAUGGGCAAACAAGCAGGACCAGCAAGACCCAAAGAGUUCCAGUGCGACGGGCUCUCAGCCGCCGGAGUCGCUGCCGCAGCCGGGUUUGCAGAGGCCUGUCUCCAGCUUACAGAAGCCGACACAGUCGAGCAGCCAGGAGAACACAAAUUCAGUGCCAGGUGGACCAAAGUCAUGGGCACAGCUGAAUGGAAAGCCAGCAGGACACGAAGGUGGUUUAAGGGGCUCAAGCCGACUGUUAUCCUUCUCUCCCGAGGAAUUUCCGACGCUGAAAGCAGCUGGAGGGCAGGACAAGGCUGGCAAAGAAAGGGGCGUCUUAGAUCUGUCGUAUGGGCCAGGACCAAGCCUCCGCCCUCAGAAUGUGACAAGCUGGAGGGAGGGCGGUGGGCGAAACAUAAUUUCUGCCACGUCUCUGAGCGCCUCCCCGACUGAGCUGGGCAGCAGGAACUCGAGUGCGGGAGACGGAGCCCCCUCCUCGGCAUGUACCAGCGAUUCUAAGGACCCCUCUCUCCGCCCGGCUCAGCCUGUCCGCAAAGGGGCUUCACAGUUCAUGGGAAAUGUAUACCACCCACCUACAUACCAUGACAUGCUUCCUGCUUUUAUGUGUUCGCCACAGUCAUCAGAGAACCAGGGUACCGUGGAACGAGGACCUUUCCCCCUCCCCCAGCUCCGUCUUGAGCCCCGUGUCCCUUUUAGACAGUUCCAGAUGAAUGACCAAGAUGGAAAAGAAAGCAGGCUGGGAACGACUCGGCCCAUCCGCCCGCUGAGGCAGCUGGUGGGACGGGCGCCGCGGCCCACGAUCAUCAACGCGGAAAACCUGAAGGGCCUGGACGACCUGGACGCCGACGCCGACGACGGCUGGGCAGGUCUUCAUGAGGAAGUGGACUACUCCGAGAAACUGAAGUUCAGUGAUGAUGAAGAGGAAGAGGAAGUUGGGAAGGACGGCAGGCCCAAGUGGAACAGUUGGGACCCCCGGCGGCAGCGGCAGUUGUCGAUGAGCUCCGCGGACAGUGCUGAUGCUAAGCGUCCCCAAGAGGAAGGAAAGGACUGGGGUGAAGCAGUGGGUGUGGCCCGUGUUGUCCGCAAAGUGCCAGAACCUCAGCCACCUUCUAGGAAGCUUCACAGCUGGGCAUCUGGCCCAGACUACCAGAAGUCCUCGCUGGGCAGCGUGUUCCGGCAACAGUCUGUCGAGGACAAAGAGGACAAGCCACCUCCACGGCAGAAGUUUGUGCAGUCAGAGAUGUCCGAGGCCGUGGAACGAGCCCGAAAGCGCCGGGAGGAGGAGGAGCGCCGAGCACGGGAGGAGAGGCUGGCUGCCUGUGCCGCCAAGCUCAAGCAGCUGGACCAGAAGCGUAAGCAGGCUCAGAAGGCGGGCGAGGCCCCGAAACCGGCGGAGAAGGAAGUGCCCCGAUCUCCAGGCACCGAGAAGGUGCCCCCACAGGAGAAUGGCCCUGCUGUCCGCAAAGGCUCCCCUGAGUUUCCCGCCCAGGGAACCCCCAACACGUUUUCAGAAGAAGCCCCCGCGGCUCCUCCGGCUGUGGCUCAGAGUGGCGGCAGUGAGGAGGGCGCCAGGGAGGCUGGGUCCCCCGCACAGGAGUUCGGCAAGUACCAGAAGUCUCUUCCUCCCAGAUUCCAGCGCCAGCAGCAGCAGCAACAGCAGGAGCAGCUGUAUAAGAUGCAGCACUGGCAGCCCGUGUACCCCCCACCUUCCCACCCACAGCGCACUUUCUACCCCCACCACCCCCAAAUGCUGGGCUUCGAUCCCAGGUGGAUGAUGAUGCCUUCCUACAUGGACCCACGGAUCCCGCCCACUCGGGCCCCAGUGGAUUUCUACCCGUCCGCCCUCCAUCCCUCGGGACUGAUGAAACCCAUGAUGCCCCAAGACUCCCUCGGUGGGACUGGCUGUCGCUCUGAGGACCAGAACUGCGUGCCCCCGCUGCAAGAAAGGAAAGUGGCCGCCCUCGAUCCGGCCCCCGUGUGGAGCCCAGAGGGCUACAUGGCGUUGCAGAGCAAAGGCUACUCGCUUCCGCAGCCGAAAUCAAACGACGCUUUGGCCGUGGACAUGCAUGUCAGGAAUGAAAGCUCUUACUCUGCCCCCCACGGAAGGUCAGGGGGUGUAGGUGCCCAGCGCGAUCUCCUUGAGGAGAGAGGGGAGGAGUUCUUGAGUGCUUUUGACAAGAAGGCCCCAGCAGACUUUGACAGCUGUGUCUCUUCUCAAAGAAUAGGCCAGGAGCUUUUGUUUCCACCCCAAGAAAAUGUUCAGGAAGCGGGUGCUCCUGGGGGUCACAGCCCAGACCUCAGGUGUUCCCCACUGGAGCCCGACUUUGCCCCCGCGGAGAAAAAGCCAGAGUAUAGCAGUUGGGACGUUAGCCACCCGCCAGAGUCCACGGACACGGCCAGCGGCAUCGAGAAGGGGACACCCCGGGAGGAGCCACCCUUUAACGUCUCCUCCUGGGAGAAGGACGGGAGCCCCAACAAGCAGCCGUCCCUGGAGCCCGAGUGGACUGCCGAGCCCCGGGGCCCCGGCAGCCAGCACCAGGAGCAGACCAGCAGGACGCGGAGGUCGGGACCCAUCAAGAAGCCCGUCCUGAAAGCCCUCAAGGUGGAGGACAAGGAGAAGGAACUGGAGAAGGUUAAGCAGGAGCUGGGGGAGGAGAGCGCCCGCGUGGCCAAGGAGAGGGGGCCGGCUCGCAAGGCGGAGAAGGACGAGGAUGAAGAGAACGACCCCGCGCUGGCCAACUCCUCCCCCUCCCCCUUGGAGGACCAGGGCCCUGCCCGUGCUAGUGUGGGCCGCGAGGCCAGCAGGUGUGACGAGGACGAGAAGCCGGCCAGGGCCUGGGAGGGCAGACCCCCCCGGGAGUCCAGUGACACGCCCGCGACAAAGAGGAACAAUUGGAUCUUUAUCGACGAGGAGCAAGCUUUCGGGGGCCGAGGGCAGGCCCGGGGCCGCGGCCGUGGCUUCCGAGAGUUCACCUUCCGAGGGCGGCCGGCGGGCGGUGGCCCAGGCCUCUGCGGUGGGGGGGUGCUCGGGGCGCGGGGCGUCUACGGCGGCGGCCAGAGGAGUGGCCGCGGCCGGGGGCUGCGGGACUUUGGCCAGCCGGAGGACUUCCCCAGGGCCAAGCCGCGACGGCGCAUCGCCAGCGAGACGCACAGCGAGGGCUCUGAGUACGAAGAGCUUCCCAAGCGGCGGCGGCAGCGAGGCUCGGAGAACGGGAGCGAGGGCUCGCUCCUGGAGCGGGAGGGCAGCACCCUGAGGAGGGGCGACUUCAGGGACUCCUGGCGCUCCACCAAGGCAUGCUCCGAGGACCACGGCGGCCCGGAGGCCAAGAGCCGAGGCCCUCGCGCCUUCGGCCGGGCGCUCCCUCCCCGGCUGAGCAGCUGCGGCUACGGCCGGAGAACCUUUGUGUCCAAAGAGGCCGCCCACUGGCAGAGCAAGGGCCCGGGAGCCUCCUGGCAGGAGUACAGCUCCCCAGACACGUGCGGGUCCCGGCGACCCGCAGACAGAGACUGUGUCCCUGACGCCUACAGACAUUCUGACUUGCUUGGCGCCAGGGCCUUCGAGGACGGCCGCCUGGAGGACAAGAGGCCCUUCUUCCCCGAUGAGCACGCGGCCGAUUCGGAAGGCGCCGAGAACCGGCCCUUCCGGAGAAGGCGCCCCCCGCGUCAGGACAAGCCCCCUCGCUUCCGGCGCCUCCGGCAGGAGCGGGAGUCCCUGGGCCUGUGGGGGCCGGAGGAGGAGCCGCACCUCUUGGCGGGGCCGUGGCCGGGCCGGCCCAAGCUCUGCCCCGGGGACAAGAGCGGGUCCCCCGAGCUCUCGUACCAGAACUCGUCCGAUCACGCCAACGAGGAGUGGGAGACGGCUUCCGAGAGCAGUGACUUCAGCGAGCGGCGGGAGCGGCGCGAGGGCCCGGGGGCCGAGCCCGACCCGCAGGCGGACGGCAGCCUGCCCGGGGCCGCCGCGGGUGAGAAGAAGGAGCUGGCCAAGAGGAGCUUCUCCAGCCAGAGGCCCCUGGCCGACAGGCAGAGCCGAAAGCUGGAGCCGGGGGGGUUUGGGGACAAGUCCAUUAGGCCAGGUGGUGGUGACGCCUCUCCCCGUUAUGACAGCCAACAGAAUGGGACGCCUUUGAAAGCCAAAAGGUCCCCAGAUGAGGCCUUGCCCGCGGGUCUCGGUUGCAGCAGUGGGAGCAGCCACUACGUGCUGGAGCGGGUGGCCCACGGUGCCUCUGACAUCCCCGAGGCCUCCUGUGAGACGGCGGAGGAGGCGGCCAAGCUGGUUGCUCAGAGGGCGGGCGAACAGGGAGAGACCAUGAAACAGUUUGACCUGAACUAUGGAAAUUCCAUCAUUGAAAACUGCGGAUCCAGCCCUGGGGAGGAGAGUGAGGUGGGCCCCAUGGCGGGCGAAGGCUUCAUUGAGGUCCUGACCAAGAAGCAGCGCCGUCUGCUGGAAGAAGAGAGGAGGAAGAAGGAGCAGGCCGUGCAGGUGCCUGUCAAGGGUCGAGGUCUUUCCUCCCGUAUUCCUCCUCGGUUUGCUAAAAAGCAGAACAACUUGUGCCUGGAGCAGGGUGAUGUGACCGUGCCUGGCAGCAGCCUGGGCACAGAGAUCUGGGAGAGCAGCGGCCAGGCCCUCCCCGUCCAGGCCCCGGCCAGCGACUCCUGGACUAAAGCCGCAACUGCCUUCAACAGCGCCGAGCCUGGCUCCGCCGAGCAGGGUUUUAAGAGCAGCCAGGGGGAUAGCGGCGUUGACCUGAGCGCCGAGUCUCGGGAGUCGUCUGCAACAUCCUCCCAGCGCAGCUCCCCGUAUGGCACUCUGAAGCCGGAGGACAUGAACGGGCCUGGCCUGGAGCCCAAGGCUGACGGCCACAAGGAGCAGGCCCAGAAGCAGCCCGAGCCAAAGGACUCGGAUCAAGGCUCAGGACAGAGCAAGGAGCACAGACCGGGACCCAUUGGCAAUGAGCGCUCUCUGAAAAACAGGAAGGGCUCAGAGGGGGCCGAGCGGCUGCAGGGAGCCGUCGUCCCGCCCGUUAACGGGGUGGAGAUUCACGUGGACUCUGUGCUGCCGGUGCCGCCCAUUGAAUUUGGAGUCAAUCCAAAAGACUCGGAUUUCAGCUUGCCACCUGGCUCUGCCUCUGGGCCCGCAGGGAAUCCCGUCGUCAAACUUCAGGAUGCCUUGGCCAGUAACGCUGGGUUAACACAAAGUAUUCCCAUCCUCCGGCGUGAUCAUCACAUCCAGAGGGCCAUCGGCCUCUCCCAAAUGUCCUUCCCCACCGCCGACCUCACCCUGAAGAUGGAGUCCGCACGCAAGGCUUGGGAAAAUUCACCCAGUUUGCCAGAGCAGAGCUCCCCGGGAGGCGCGGGCUCGGGAAUCCAGCCCCCGUCCUCUGUGGGCGCCUCCAACGGCGUCAGCUACAGCUCGUUCGGCGGAGUUUCCAUGCCGCCCAUGCCCGUGGCCUCCGUAGCACCCUCUGCUUCUCUUCCAGGCAGCCACUUGCCACCUCUGUACCUGGACGGCCACGUGUUUGCAGGUCAGCCUCGGCUGGUUCCUCAGACGAUACCUCAGCAGCAGAGUUACCAGCAGGCUGCCGCUGCCCAGCAGAUCCCGAUUUCCCUUCACACGUCUCUGCAGGCUCAGGCCCAGCUUGGACUGAGGGGCGGGCUCCCCGUCUCCCAGUCUCAGGAGAUCUUCAGCUCCUUACAGCCCUUCAGAUCUCAGGUGUACAUGCACCCCAGCCUGUCACCGCCCAGCACCAUGAUCCUCUCUGGAGGCACGGCCCUGAAGCCUCCCUACUCGGCCUUCCCAGGCAUGCAGCCCUUGGAGAUGGUGAAGCCCCAGUCCGGCUCCCCCUACCAGCCCAUGAGCGGAAACCAAGCCCUGGUCUACGAGGGCCAGCUCGGCCAGGCUGCUGGCCUGGGUGCCUCGCAGCUGUUGGACUCCCAGCUUCCACAGCAGCUGACGAUGCCGCUGCCUGGCUCCCAGCUGCCUCUGCCUCGGUACGGCUCCGGGCAGCAGCCCCUGAUUCUGCCACAGUCCAUCCAGCUGCCACAGGGGCAGAGCCUCUCCGUCGGGGCUCCCCGACGAAUCCUUCCACCUGGGUCCCAGCCUUCGGUCCUUAACACCAGCAGAGAGUCCUCUCAGAUGGAGAUGAAGGGCUUCCACUUUGCCGACAGUAAACAGAAUGUUCCUUCAGGAGGCUCCGUGCCAUCGCCGCAGACUUACAGGCCUAGCUCUGCUAGCCCCAGUGGGAAGCCCUCUGGAUCAGCAGUUAACAUGGGCUCUGUGCAGGGACACUACGUUCAACAGGCCAAACAACGAGUGGAUGAAAAACCCAGCUUGGGAGCUGUGAAACUUCAGGAGGCCCCCUCGGCCGCCUCCCAGAUGAAGAGAACCGGAGCAAUCAAGCCUCGGGCGGUCAAAGUGGAGGAGAGCAAGGCCUGAAGGUGCUUGGCCACGCCUCGCCCCCCGCCUUGAGGCCAGGGCCCCCGCUCGGCCUUGACAUCUCACCAGAUCCACCGUCCAACCACCCGGCCCGGACUGAGAGACCUCCCUUCUCUUCUCCACUCCUGAGAGCUCCAUCGUCCAACCGGCUUGCCCCCGUGGAUACGUGAUGUUGACCUGCUCGCUUUAAUACGAAACAAGCAAGCAAGCAAGCAAACGACCCCGACCCCAUGUCGUCCCCGCCUCCUUUCCACCGUGACUGUGGAGUGACUCCCACCUUUGUGCAGUACAGAUGAGCUCGCCCCCCCCCCCCCCCACCCCGCUCCGCCGCUGGGUCCCCAGCCUUCCCGGCCCCUGGCACAGUGGUUUGUCAGCAGGGCCAUUGUAGUUGGAGGCUUUUUGUAAAAAGCAGCUGAAGUUUUUACAAAGGCGGAAGGAAAAGAAAAACAAAAACACAAGCUA